AUGGACAUUGCUAGUAAUUUUAAGAUUCCUUGUGUCACUGAUGAUGCAUUCACGUUGAGGCUUUUUCCAUACUCUCUUAGGGAUAGAUCCAAAAGUUGGUUAAAUUCCUUGGUGCCUAAUCCCAUUGCCACAUGGAAUGAUUUGGAUGAAAACAUUAUGGCCAAGUAUUUCCCUCCUUCCAAAAAUUCUAAAAGGAGAAAUGAGAUAACCUCAUUUAGACAACGAGUCGAUGAUUCCCUAUUUGAUGCCUGGGAAAGAUUUAAGGAGCUGCUUAGACAAUGUCCCCACCAUGGAAUACCAAUAUGUAUUCAACUUGAAACUUUUUACAAUGGAUUGGUGCCUUCCUCAAGGAAUAUGUUAGAUGCCUCAAGUGGUGGAGCUCUUUUAUCUAAAUCUUAUGAAGAAGGCUACAAGUUGAUUGAGAGUAUCACUACCAACACUUAUCAAUGUACUGUCAUUAGGAAAUAUGUUAAUUCAACUCAAAAGAGACCAGUUGGUGUUCAUGAAGUCACUAAGACUACAACUUUUGUUGCUCAAGUGGCUCAAAUCCAUAAGAUGAUGAAGAAUCUUAUGACUCUUGAAAUGACAAAGCUUGAACCUAUCAAGGUGGUUACUAAUGCAUCAGCGGUUUCUUGUAUGUACUAUGGAGGUGCUCGUUUAUUUGAAGAAUGCUCAACAAACCUUGUUUUUGUUAACUAUGUUAGCAACAACAAGUAUAAUAACCUCUACAGCAACACUUACAAUCCUGGUUGGCACAAUCACCCCAACUUAUCAUGGAGUAAUAACCAAAAUCAAAUAAAGCCUCAAGUAACUCAAGAACCACAAAUUUCUCCUGGUUAUUAUGCACCUAAUUAUGUUGUGGCAAAUCAAUGGAAUAACCAGCUUAAAAAUAUUUUAAAAUCCUUCACUCAAGAGACAAAAGACCAGUUCCAAUCACAAGGAGUAAGCAUCAAAAAUCUAGAGAACCAUGCGGGGAAAAUUGCCACUGCACUUAGUUCAAGAAAAUCAAUGUGCUCUCCCAAGCACUACUUAAGCUCUAGCCUCAACAUAUGGAGUUAA